AGCAGCUCGGCUCGAGAUAGGGCCUGGAUCUGGGCUACGGUGCUCGACAUUUCUGGGCCGAGGCGCUCGACCUGCCGAUGCUGGCCUUGCUCGGCCUGGCCGCAGCGCUCUCAGCUGCCGCCGCGUCCAAGCCCGGCUGCGGGGCGAAACACGACCUCUGCGCGAGCUUUACGCAGGCCAGCGAGUGUUCGGACGAGAGCUGGACGGGACAGCUGACGGACCUCUUCUUGCCCGACGACACGUGCGAGGCGUCGCGCCGCUACAUCGACGCCCGCGGCGGGGCGCUCGAGGUCUCGGCCAGCGGCGUCGGGGCGCAUUGCAACGAGACCUGGGGCCGCCGCUUCGACCCAGAGACGCACGUGAAUCCGGUGCUCGAGGGCGCCGGCUGCGAGCGGCAGACGUCUUUCGCGUCGAAGGUCCCCCGGAGCGACCCGCUGUGGCCGGACGUGCAGAAGGGGGCCCUGAACUUCACCCUGAAGCUCGGCACCGCGGGCGGGUGCCGCGUCAUCAUGUGGAACGGCCCAUCACCGUACAACGGCAGGGGCGGCGACUUGGGCGGCAGGGCCGUGCCCCCGUCCAGCUGCGACAACUUCUGGCUCGCGGACGGCGGCCCCGCGUGGCUCUUCACCUAGGCGGCCGCGCCCGGCGGCGUGGCCUCGCUGCGGGCCUCCCCGAGCCAGUCCGGGGAUCCGAUCUUCAUGUAGAGUUAUGGUAGUUGAAAUCGACUACCCCUGACCCCCCCGCGUUGGCCCCCGCGGGCGGUGCCAGCGGCGUCGCUGGCCCGGCGUGCCCCGCCGACGCCGCCGAGACGCCGUGGAGGCCCCCUGCGCUUCGAGCCUCGGCAUGCGGCUCUGGGGUCGCCGCUCGCGCGCCCUCCUCCCCUCCCUCCCGCCCUCCUCCUCCGCCCCCCCUCCUCCUCCCCCUCCUCCUCCUCGUCCUACUCUUCCUCCUCCUCUUCCUCCUCCGACACGACAGGGAGGGGCAGCGCUGUGCCCGUGGCGGCAGGGCGCCCCCACCGAAGCUCCUCGCGGCGGCGCGCGCGGGGAGGCCACCCCGAGCGGGGGCUUCUCCGAGCGGGCAGGCUGGCCACCACGGCGCCGGGCCAGGGCCGGGUGUGGCCCCGCGGGGGGAGCAUGCGGGGGCCACGGGGGGG